AUGAGUUCAGCUAAAACUAGUCCUGUAAAAAAAGAACAACCAGAAGUUAAAAAGGAAAUAGAUUUGAAGAAUGGCAAAGAUUCACCUACGACUCAAGAUUAUGAUGAAGACCCAUCAAUCUUAUCUGAUCCAGAAGAGUAUUUAGAAAAAAAUGAAAGUUUGGAUAUGAAUUUAUCUAGAACUGAUCAAAAAGUAUGGUUAGUUAAAUUGCCAAAAUAUUUAAUGGAAAAUUGGAAUAAACCAGAAGUUAUGUCAAGUGGUAAACAACUUGGAAAUGUUAAAAUACGAAAAGAUCCUAAAGGUCAAUUACAAGUCAAAUUGAUAUUAAAUGAACAAUUACCUGAUCUACCUAAAGAAUAUGAUAUAAAAAUGUUAAAUACUCAAGUAAGGAACUCAUAUGCAUUUACUGAAGAAAAUUUGAAAAAGUUCAAGAAGGAAAAUACGGAAGUAACAGAAAUGGACGAAAUACCAAAUCAACCCAAAAUCGAAGAACCAGAAGAUAAAAGGAAAAAAUUUCAACCAAGGAGGAAAUUCAAAUUUUUUAAAGUGACAAAAAACAAUGAAAAUGGUGAAAGUGGUGAACAAAUCAAAAAAUAUAUCCCCUUCGUUAAGACAAUUCCCAAAAAGACAAGUUUAGUCGGUAAGAUUGUACAUGAUUGUCAAGUAAUUCCAUCAAGAAAUGACGCCAAUUAUUCAUCGUUAAUUAAAAAGAGAGAUGCAUCAAUUCAAGGACCACCAAGACCAAAAGUCACAUUAUUAAAUGAAAUUCCUGGUGUUAUACAAUCAAAUGCUGGUCCAUCUAUAAGAGGUAAUAACACAUCAAUAUUUUUAAAAUCAACACAGCCAAAGAACAAAUCAGAAGGAAGAGCUAUAAGAAUGCCAAAAAAGGAUUUAUUAGAUUUAUUAUUCAGAUUAUUUGAAGAAUAUGAAUAUUGGUCAAUAAAAGGUUUAAAAGAGAGAACAAAACAGCCAGAAUCUUAUUUAAAAGAAUCUUUAGACUCAAUUGCAACAUUAAUUAAGAAAGGUCCAUAUACUUCAAAAUGGUGUUUGAAACCUGAAUAUAAGAAAUUAAGAGACGCAGAAAGAGCUGCAAGACUAGGACUUGAUGAAGAAGAAGAUAAAGAAAAUGAAGAAGAUAACAAUGAUGAUGAUGAAGAUAUGGAAGAUGUUAUAUAG